GUCUUCAUUCACCGCACGGCUGGUCCAUCCGAUAGAACCGCCCUCUUGUUUUUACCUUUAAAAAUACAAUAUUUUCAAUAACGCGUCUGCGAGCACCCGAGUGGACUGGUUAAUGAGGCGACGCAGACAAGAUGCCUUCCCAUUUAAGUUUGUGGUUAAGUUGUUAACGUGUUGGUGUGGUGGGUGAAAUGGUCACGAGACAAAUCUUCGAUGAGUCUUAAAGGACCCCUCUCGAGAUUUGCGGAUUGCCAAAAAACAAGCCUGCCCCACCUGGUGCAAGCAGUGUUCAAGGGUGAUGUGGAAGAAGUGGAGGAGUUGCUGGCAGAAGGGGAGGAGGCCAACUACCAGGAUGCAGAGCGGCGGAGCGUGCUGCAUGCGGCUGCUUUCUGUGGCCUUCACCAGGUCACUGCCCUGCUCCUGGCACAUGGUGCUCGCGUCAAUGCCAAAGACAACAGAUGGGCCACUCCACUGCAUCGUGCCUGUGCCUCUGGAUAUGAGGACGAUAACACCCACCAACUAAAGCCCGAACCUGUAGAUGUAAAGAAAACUGUGGAAGUGCUACUGCGACAUCAGGCAGACGUGAAUGCACGGGACAAGUUUUGGCAGACUCCACUACACGUGGCAGCUGCAAAUAAUGCAGUUUCAUGUGCUGAGCUUAUCAUUCCUCUGCAGAAUAAUGUCAACAUCUCGGACCGUGCUGGCCGCACCAGCCUUCAUCAUGCUGCCUACAAUGGGCACACAGCGAUGGUGGAGCUGCUGCUGCAGAACAACGCCACCUGCAACUUCUUCGACAAGCGCGAUCGUCGGGCCAUUCAUUGGGCUGCCUACAUGGGCCACACAGAAGUUAUCUCUCUACUGGUCAGCCAUGGAGCUGAUGUCAACGUGCGAGACAAAGACUACUACACCCCGCUACACUGUGCGGCAGCCAAUGGCCGCCUCAGUGCUCUGCGUCAGCUUCUGACCCUGGGUGCUGACGUGGAUGCACCGAACGGCUGUGGCAAUAGUCCCUUGCAUGUGGCAUGCCUCAAUGGCAAGGAGGACAUUGCUGACGAGCUGCUUGCUGCCGGCGCCCACAUUUCUGCAGUCAACUGCCGUGGUCAGACACCGUUGCAUUAUGCGGCAGCCUCAACACACGGGGCAGGCUGCCUCGAGGUUCUCCUGCGUCACAGAGGUGCUGUAGUGAACUGCCCCAGCCAGGAUGGUCGUACACCAUUGCACAUGGCUGCAAUCCACGGCCGCUGCAGCCGUGCCCAGACUCUGUUGGAAGCCGGUGCCCACGUCGAUGCCCAAGAUGUGCAGGGCUGCACAGCACUGCACGUUGCUGCCCGUCAUGGACACGACCUGUUGCUCGGAGGACUUCUGCUGGCUGGAGCUGCCUGUGACACUCACGGCUCUGCAGGAAUGACGCCACUGCACAUGGCUGCCUUAGGUGGGUAUACCGACUGUUGCCGCAAGCUCCUCCACGCAGGUGCAAAGGUUGAUGCCAGAGAUGACCAGGGGCGAACAGCUUUGCAUUUUGCCGCAUACGGCGGCAAUCAAGAAACCUUGGAGUUGCUCAUUAGCCGAGGCACUGACUGCUUUGCCUGUGAUAGCUUUGGAAGGCUGCCCCUGCACUACAGCGCUGGUGGUGGGCCCGAGCAGCAGCAGCAGGGAGGGGGCUGCUUGAGUGCCCUGCUUGCACUGGGCUCGGACGUGGACCGAGCAGACGUCGAUGGGCGCACGGCUUUGCUGGUGGCAUCCGCUUCUGGCGACUCCGAAGGGCGCUCCUUGACCCUGCUGCUCGAGCAUGGGGCCCAGCCUGCGACGCAGGACAGCAGGGGCUUCGGGGCCCUGCACCACCUCGCCGCUGCUGGGCAUUUGGCCCCCCUCACAACUCUUUUAUCUGUGAUGAGCACUGAAGAAGUCAGAAGAACAAAGUCUCGCAGUGGACUGACACCUCUUCAUCUUGCGGCUUUGGGUGGACACAGCGACUGUCUCCAAGCAUUGCUGUCUGUCGGAUGCCUAGAAGACGUGUUGGGGUGCACUGAAGAAGAGCAGGGCUGGAGCCCACUGGCCCUGAGUGCCCUGUUAGGGCAGACUGCCUGCCUGCGCCUGUUGCUGCUGCACGGAGCCCAGCCACUAGGGAGCAACCCUCGCACUGGGGCGACCCCAGUGCAUGCCGCUGCCGCCUUAGGUCAGACGGAGUGCCUUGAGAUCCUUCUUCACAGUGCCAAAGGAUCCGAUGCAGCCAAUGCAAGAGAUGCUAGCAGCAGGACUCCUCUGAUGCUGGCUGUCUUGAAGGGUCACAUUGACUGUGUGGAGCUACUGCUGAGACAUGGUGCUGCUGUAGAUGCUGAAGACGUGUCCCGCAGGACGGCCCUCUUUUACGGAGCUUUUGGGGGCAGCGAGGAAUGUGUGCGCAUGCUACUGAAGGAAGGUGCGACUGUCCUGUUGCGUGAUAACAUGGGCAAGACCCCCCUGCACCUGGCAGCAGCUGUGGGCAACGGUGCUGUCCUGUCAAUGCUGCUGCGCCACGGCCCCGACGGGGAGGGUGCCGACCGUCUCGCCGAUCUUCAGGGUUUUACUCCCAUUCACUGGGCAUGUUACGGAGGUCAUGGCCCAUGUCUUGGCACACUCCUGGAACACACUCGAACAAAUAAAUUUUAUGGGAACUCCUUCAGUCCGCUUCAUUGUGCAGCAUUCCAUGGAAGCGAGUUUUGUAUAGAAUUGUUGCUCAAUCAUUUUGGGAAGAAGUUAGUGCAAUUACGGGACAAAAAGCAAAGGACUGCACUCCAUGCGGCUGCAUGCGACGACAGCGUGCUGUGCCUGCAGACCCUGGUCAAGGAAGGGGCUGACAUCAAUGCCGCUGACUGCCAGGGCCAAACACCACUAAUGAUGGCUGCUGCCCAUGGGAGUUGCAAGUCCAUAGAGGCCUUAUUGGAGCUGAAUGCAGACAUCCUUGUGCAAGAUAGCAAGGGUAAUAGUGCUCUUCAUCAUGCUUGCUUGCAGAAACAAGAGGCAGCAGUGGCCACAUUAUUGGGAAAAGCAGACUUCGUGAAGCUCAUCAAUAUGAUCAACGAUGACAUGAAAACUGCUCUUCAUGUUGCUGCAAGCAAUGGCCUGAUCGAUGCAACUCAGGCGCUACUCCUGAAUGGUGCUGAUGUGCUUGCCACAGAUGUCAACGGCCAUACACCUGCCCUCUCCUGCGCCAGGAGCAACGAAGUAGCCGAGUGCCUUGCUCUUAUCCUGGCCGUGAUGCCUUCAUCGAGCCCUUUCCGGAUGGAUGGUUUCUCACGUGUGAGCAGCCUGUACCGACAAGGGGGCCACCUCUCCGAGCUGUUUAAUGACCAAGCCAACCACCACACGGGGGUGCGACCGUCCUCUGCCGAGAGCCGCGAUUGCUCCGAGCCCUGUCAGAGCUCGGACUCCGAGUACUACUGACGGUUGCUGCUGCCCGCGCUGCUCCUCAUCAGCGGUUACGGUCCGAGCAAGGAGGCCACUGGGGCCCUUGCUUAGCCACUAACACUGUUGGGGGCUGCGGCGCUGGGUGGCACGAUGAUGUUGCUCUCGACAGCACAAUGUUGAACCCUCGGCCACUCGACCGAAGGCUUUCUUGUUUCGUUACCGCUCAGGUUGCUUUCUUCGUUCUGCCUGCAACCAACCUUUGCUAAAUAUGGUGCCAUGAUAUAUAGGUGGGCCUGCUCACCCUUAGGAGUGCCACUGGAAAUGCGCUUUACCGACAACUCCUCUCCAGAAUGCUGGACGGGCAGUUAACGUUGCCGCAUUUUCCAUUUUUAAGUCCUUGCACGAGGCUGGCCACCACGAAUGCAAGGUGCUGUGAAACUGCACUGAAGUUGCAUGCUGGGAGCUACACAUUUGGCUCCCCCUUUGCUUCAACCACCAAAAGAGCUCCUGAUUUUUCUUAAGACACCCGAUGUAUUGCAGUUUCUGAAGCGCUCUAAUUGCCCUCAAGGGUACAUAACUAAUUGAUCUGCCGUGUAUCUUGAAGACGUAGAUGUUUAUUUUUAUGAACGGUUCUAUGCAGAUGAGUAUGCACGCACAUUACCCUUUUUUUUAAUAUACCUCCUUUGGCUCUCAUUAGUUCCCUGUAUACUAAGGAGCCUUCAGCCAAUUGACUUUUUUGUUUUUGUUUAUGCAUUGUAUUUUUUUCUUUGUCGUAGUUAACGCAAGCAUCCCAAUGAUAUAUAGUUGCCACUUCACUGUGGCCCUUAUCUUGGCAAUCUCAGUUGGGUGGUUUGAGUCUGUCUUUGUCAGAUAGGUUUUGCUUUAAAAAAGAAAUGGUCACGCUGUUGCGUGUAUCCACCACAUUUUGUUUCACUGGGAUUUGCUGGAAGCCAAGAGCAAAGACAUAUGACUUCACAAUUGGGGCAGUCCCGUCUUAAGGGGAGACGCGGGUCUUGUUUUUAUUUCUUUUAUUAGCUGGGUGAACUGAACGAAAUUUAACAAACUUAUCCCAUUUUUUCUGCAGAUUCCAAAUCUAUAAUUAGAUUUUUGGUAGCUGCA